GAAUUUUACCGGAAAAAGUCGAUGAUGAUUUGUCAUCAACAGUGUAUAUAAUAUUAGUGAAAAAAAAAAAAUAAAUGAAACAUGGCAAUAAUUUUAGGAACAGUGUUAUUUCUUGGUGUUGUUGCUUUUACUCUUCCGAUUCUUUAUACGUACUGCAAUCAAACCUCGGAAACACCAGAAGAAAUUCCAGAAGAGAAAAAUGAUGAAGAGGAAGAGGAAAUAAUUGAUAAAGAAUGUUCAAUACAACAGGAAUCGACAAUAAGAAAAAUUUCAAAAUUAAGAGGAAAAACAGAAAGAGGAUUAAAUGAUGAAAAAUGGAUAAUUGAAAAAGAGGAAUCAAAAAAAGAGGAGAGAAUUAGAAUGAUGGAAACAUGUCAUUUGGCAAGGGAAUUUUCGAAAAUAGAAGAAAAAGAAAUAACUGAUAGUGAAGAAACAAUUAAAGAAUAUGAUGAUGAUGAUGAUGAUGAAGAAGAAGAAGAAGAAGAAAAAACAUUGAAAAUUGAAUCAACUCCAUUGUCAAAUAGAAUUAUUCUAAAUGACAAUUCACCAAAUGAAAUACAACAACAAAUGACUGUUCAAGCUGAUGUUCAUGCAAAUAAUCCUCAAAUGAUUAUUGUCCAAAAAUCAUUGGACAAUACAAAUAUUCAAACACCUGUAAAUAAUACAAAAAAGAAAUCUAAAUUUUUUAAAUUUAAAAAAUUGUUAACCAGAUCCGAGAGAAGAAAAAAACGACCUCGAAUUGAAGAAAGUGGAAGUAGUUCGAGUUUUUCACAAAAAAUUUCUGAAAUUCAUUUAUCGCCAACAAAUAUUGAGACAAAUCAACGUCCACUUGCAAAUUCGACAAUCAAUAAUUCUCAAUUUGGAACUGUGAAUUUACAAAUUCACAAUCCAAAUGGAACCUUGUCAAUUUAUGCGCAAUCACCAAAUGGAAGAGAUAAUAAUUCUAUUCAAGAUUCAGGAUUUCGAAGUUUUAUUGAGACAUCAACUAUUUAUAAAGAUUUGCCAAAUGGAAGGCAAAAUAAUAUUGUUACUCUUCCAUUGCCAGAUACAAAUCGAGGAAAUAUAACAUUAGUUUCACUUGCAUUGAGUUUUGCCAAUAGUGGCGAUAGUAGAAAUUUAAAUAAUGAACAAUAUCAAACAAUGAAUUAAAUUUAAAAAAAAAAAUUCAUUUAUCAUUUUGAGAGUAAAAUUGAAAAAUAGAUUAAUUAAUUUUGAAUUAUAUAAUUAUGAAAAUUUUCAAAAAUUGGAUUUUUUUUAUUUAAACUGAAAAAAAAAUUAUUGAAACUUUAUUAAAUUUAUUUAUUUUUUAAUUAAUUUUGAAUUAAUUUGCAAAUUAUUUACAAAUUAUUUGCAAUUAAUAAGUUUUCUUUAAUUUUUCAUUUUUUUUGAAAAUUUUCAUUUUGUAAAGAAAAUGCUUUUUGUUGUAUUUAUUUUUCGAGUAUUUUCUUUAUUAGUAAUUCAAAAUUCAAAACUGAUCCAUUAUAGGAAGAAUUACUUCCUCUAUUAAAUUAAUCUUAAUAUUCAUUGUUUUAAUUGUUUUUUUUCCUCUUUAAUUAAGAUUGUUGGUAGUAUUUUUUUGUUUAUACUAUGUAUUCGAUUAACAAUGUUUUUUGAUUGUUUAUAUUUAUUCCCAAGUUAUGUUAUUGUAUAACUUUCUAUUUGUUUAAUUUUUGUAAUUUUAUAUAAAUUAUUAUUAAAU